AGACACACCUUGAGCAGUUCCAUGCUUCACAUUGUGCCACUUGCUGAACUGCAUUUCACUAGUGGUUGAGCAUGUUUAGUUAAAGCAACGAGUGCCGAUUUUUGACUGGUCGGCUGCAUGAGUUGUUUCCUUUUGCACAGCGAGCGUGACACACAGGUUUGUGCAACUGUAACCGCAAGGCAUGUAACACAAUAAUAUACAGUUCCCUCUUUCUAGCAUGAGGUUAUAGGAAAGCCCUGCUGCUGCUGAGGUUUCCUGGAGCUGGAAGGCCGGGACUAUGAAGACUGGAUGAUGUGCGUGGCAUGGUGCCAGCUUGGCCACUGUAAGACUGCCAGCGGCUGUUUUUGAAGGGAAGUGAGGUUUUGAAAUUUUGAAGAAAAUUGUUAUUUUAUUAAGGGAGUUGGUAUCCUGUUGUACUGAGAGACCUGUAAGGGCACAGCAACACCAUGGAGCAGACCCUGAUGAGUUUAGUAGGUCCGGCAUCGGCUGUCAAAACUGUUCUCAUUGUGGCCGAUAAACUGCAGAUUAGUUUCGACGUAGAACCGACUGCUGAGGAAAUCCGACUGAACCCCGCAGAGACUGACCCGUCCUCUGAGCAGCUUAUUGCAGGGAAUGACGACUUAAAGCAAAUGCUGGAAAGCAACAAAGAUUCUUCCAAGCUGGAAGCAAUGAAGAGAAUUGUCGGGAUGAUUUCAGAUGGAAAAAAUGCCUCGGAGCUGUUCCCUGCUGUUGUCAAAAAUGUUGCUAGCAAAAAUCUGGAGAUAAAGAAGCUGGUGUAUGUCUAUCUCGUACGCUAUGCAGAGGAACAGCAGGACCUGGCUCUCUUGUCUAUUGCUACUUUUCAACGAGCUUUAAAAGAUCCCAACCAGCUGAUUCGUGCAAGUGCGCUGAGAGUUUUAUCAAGCAUCCGUGUCCCAAUUAUUGUUCCUAUAAUGAUGCUGGCAAUCAAAGAAGCCUCAGCAGACUUGUCCCCUUAUGUAAGAAAAACUGCAGCACAUGCAAUCCAGAAGCUUUAUAGUCUUGAUCCUGAACAAAAAGAUAUGCUGAUUGAAGUCAUUGAGAAGCUUCUAAAAGACAAAAGUACGCUUGUUGCUGGGAGCGUAGUGAUGGCCUUUGAAGAAGUGUGUCCUGAUAGGAUUGAUUUAAUUCAUAAGAACUAUAGGAAACUGUGCAACUUGCUGGUCGAUGUUGAGGAAUGGGGACAGAUUGUAAUUAUCCACAUGCUGACCAGAUACGCCCGGACACAGUUUGCCAGCCCUUGGCUAGAGGAAGGAGAGUCAUGGGAGAUGACUACAAAAAGCUUUUAUGAAUCUGAUGAAGAAAAAGACGUUGAUGCCAACCAAAAAAGGCCGUAUGUUAUGGAUCCCGACCAUAGACUUCUUUUAAGAAAUACCAAACCUUUACUCCAAAGCAGAAAUGCUGCCGUGGUUAUGGCUGUAGCCCAGCUUUACUGGUAUUUGGCACCAAAAUCAGAAACCAGCACUGUUGCCAAAUCACUGAUACGCCUUCUCCGAAGCCACAGAGAGGUACAAUACAUUGUACUUCAGAAUAUUGCAACUAUAUCUAUCCAGAGAAAGGGUUUGUUUGAGCCAUAUUUAAAGAGUUUCUACAUUAGAUCUACUGAUCCAACAAUGAUCAAAACACUAAAGCUUGAAAUCAUGACAAAUUUGGCAAAUGAAGCAAAUGUAUCCACCCUGCUACGGGAAUUUCAGACCUACGUUAAAAGCCAGGACAAGCAGUUUGCUGCAGUCACAAUUCAAGCGAUCGGGAGAUGUGCAACAAACAUUUCUGCUGUGACCGACACUUGCCUUAAUGGUCUGAUGUGCCUCCUGUCUAACAGUGAUGAUGUUGUAGUUGCGGAAAGUGUGGUUGUCAUUAAGAAACUCCUGCAGACGCAGUCUUCUCACCAUAGUGACAUCAUCAAGCAUAUGGCCAAGCUCUUAGACAAGAUUACUGUCCCAAUGGCAAGAGCUAGUAUCCUGUGGCUUAUUGGUGAAUACUGUGAGAGGGUUCCUAAGAUUGCACCUGAUGUUCUGAGGAAGACAGCAAAGAGCUUCACUAAUGAGGACGACCUUGUUAAACUGCAGAUCAUAAACUUGGCAGUAAAACUCUUCUUAACCAACUCCAAGCAGACGAAAUUGCUCACUCAGUACAUAUUAAAUCUCGGCAAAUACGAUCAGAAUUAUGAUAUAAGAGACCGUACACGGUUUGUAAAACAGCUUAUCGUUCCCAAUGAGAAAAGUGGAGCUUUAAGCAAAUACGCAAAAAAGAUAUUUUUGGCACAGAAACCUGCUCCGGUGCUUGAAUCUUCAUUUAAAGAUCGAGAACAAUUUCAGCUUGGCACACUUUCACACACUCUUAACACUAAGGCAACUGGUUAUAUGGAGUUGUCAGACUGGCCCGGGGUUGCCCCUGACCCCUCUGUCCGUAAUGUUGAGCCAAGUGAGCCGGUUAAAAAGAUUACAAUGCUGGAAAUGGCAAACACAGAGAAAUCCUCUGACAAAUUCUACUCUGAUUCAGAGGAGAAAGAGAAAGGAUCUGAUGAAAGCAGUGAAACUGAAUCUGAAAGCGAAGAAGACAGUGAUAAUGAAAAGGAGAGCAGCAGUGAGCAUAGUGAUGCCAGUUCCUCAGCUGAAAGUGAGAGUGAAUCAGAUGAAGGCUCCUCAAAAAAACAGAAGAAUAGAAAUAAGGAGAGUGACUCUGAAGAGGAAAAGAUGACGACUGGUACAAGAAGUGAGGAUUCAAUUGUAUCUUCUGAAGAUAGUUCAGAAUCAGCAUCUUCGGAAUCGAGUUCUGAAUCUGAAAAAGAAAGCGAACCAGAACCUUCCAAAAAAGUAGUGAACCGCAAGAAAACUGAAAGCAAAUCGGCAAAACAGAAAGAAAUCCCUAGAAAAAAUGAAGUGUCUCUGCUCGACCUAGAUGAUUUUAAUGUGCCAGCAGCUGUUGCAAAACCCAGCAUACUCUCUCCCAGUUUACUGUCUGAUUUACAAGGCUUGUCCCUCUCCUCCUCAUCUCCUGUAAUAAAUGUUUGUGCUCCCUCCUAUGUCCCAUCAAAGACACAUGAACUUCUUCACAGAAUGAGUGGGAAGGGCCUAUCGGCACAUUAUCACUUCCCAAGGCAGCAAUGUAUUUUUGGGGCACAAAUGAUCUCAGUGCAAAUUACAUUUAAAAAUACUACAGACAAGAAAAUAGAGGAUAUUCACAUAGAAGAAAAAAAGAUGGCUGCUGGAGUGAAGAUGCAUGUGUUUAAUCCAAUAGAUUAUCUGGAGCCAGAGGGAUCCAUUACUGUCCCAAUGGGUAUUGACUUUUGUGAUUCCUCUCAGACUGCCUGUUUUCAGUUGUGUACAAAAGAAGACCGGUUUUCUGUUGGAAUUCAGCCUCCACCAGGGGAACUUCUGUUACCGGUGUCCUUGUCAGAAGCAGAUUUCAAGAAAGAGCAAGGAAAACUAACAGGCAUGAAUGAAAGUUCAGCUGCUAUUGAUGUAAACUCUGCAUGUUCCACACCUCAGAUUAUAGUCCAAAGAUUUUUACAAGCUGCAAACCUUGGGGUCGUUCCCUCUGGCCAAAGCAACAUUCACAGAUUUGCGGCUAAAACUGUGCACAGUGGGUCGUUGAUGCUCGUCACAGUGGAGCUGAAGGAAAGCUCGACGGCACAGCUCAUCAUAAACACAGAGAAAACGGUGAUUGGCUCUAUUCUGCUGCGGGAGCUGAAGCCUGUCCUGUCCCAGGGGUAACCAGCUUACAUCUGGACUUCAGAGUCUGGCACAAAACAAAAGUGCUUGGCAUCUACUGCCGCUGCCUUUCAUUUAUAAUAAUAGCUCUUCCAUCUGCCAGCAGUGGGGAGAAUACACUCUGGACAAUCUUGUCUCCUGCUUUAGAAUGUUAGUAUCUAUCAUGUAUGCAAGCGCUAGUGAUAGUUCUGCUUGCUAACCAAAAAUCAGAUGGUUCUCUGUCCGGGGCCUCUGCCAAUUUGCCUUUUGGAACAUUGCCUUGUUAUAGGAACGUUCUAUUUCAGUGUGUGUGUGGGGAGGGGGAGACAAUGUAAAUAUUCAGGAAAUAUAAACUACGGCUUUCAACCAGGGGAAAUAAAAUCCAAUUCACAUUCUUUAAAGCCACGGGCCCACAUUGCUCUUUCCCGUCCCGAGACUAAAAUGAAAGGCUUGGCAAGAGGCGGCCGGAUGGCAUCCAGUUCUUCAUUCUUCUCUUAAAAAUGUCUGCACUUCUGAUGAUUAUAUUUGUCUGAAAUCAUUGUUCAGUGUUUUUGUUCAGGUAUUUCAAUAAAUUUGCUAUCAAA